CCCUCAACUCGUGCCCUUUACAAACUCGACGCUCCCUCCUCCUCCUCUCUCUCUCUACCGAGAGAAUGGAUCUCCAAGUACUGCUCCAAAUCUCUGUCUUCUGCGUGUCUCUAUUUCUGUUCUUCAAAAAGGCGCCGUUUCUCCAGCGCCGCCGCUCCUGCUCCGCCAGUACUGGAAAACUGCCGCCGGGGCCCGCCGGCCUCCCCAUAAUCGGAAACCUCCACCAGCUGGGGUCCCAACCCCAUCAAACCCUAGCUAGGAUGGCCAAGCUCCAUGGCCAUCUCUUCACCCUCCAACUUGGCUCCAUCACCACCGUCGUCUCCUCCUCCCCCGAGACUGCCCAUCAAAUCCUCCACAAAUACGACCAGGCCUUCUCCAACCGCCCAGUCCGCGACGCCGUUGCCUCCCAGCCCGACGUGGAGGGCACCCUCGCCUGGGUCCCUGGCGACCACCGCUGGCGCAACCGCCGCCGCAUCUGCACCACACAGAUGUUCAGCCCCCAGCGACUGGACUUCCUGCAGCACCUCCGCCACGAGAAGGUGGGGCACCUGGUGGCCCACAUCCGGAAGGCGGCGGCGGCGGGGGCGGCUGUGGACGUGGGGCAGCUGGCGUUCGCGACGUCCCUGAACCUGAUAUCGAGAACCAUAUUCUCGAUAGACGUGGUGGACUCGGCGUUCGAGUCGGCGGGGGAGUUCAAGGAGUUGGUGUGGAGGAUAAUGGAGAUAUCGGGACAGCCCAACUUAUCGGACUAUUUUCCGGUGCUCCGGUGGUUGGACGUGCAGGGGAUGAGGCAGAGGAUACAGCCUUCCUUCCGGCGGAUGCAUGAGAUCUUUGAUGGCAUCAUCGGGGAACGUGUGAAGGCUAGAGACGCCGAUCGGGCGAACAGGAAAGGUGAUUUCUUGGAUGUGUUGCUGGAUCAGUGCCAAGAACAGGGCUCUGAUUUAAACGUUCGGACCAUCAAGCCUUUGAUACUGGAUUUAUUCAUCGCCGGAAGCGACACAUCUGCCAUAACCACGGAGUGGGCGAUGGCCGAACUCCUGCGCAAGCCGGAAACGCUGCAAAAUGCACGGAAAGAACUCAUCGACACAAUCGGCACCGACCGAUCCGUACUGGAAUCAGACAUCGAACGCCUCCCCUAUCUCCAAGCCGUCGUGAAGGAGACGAUGCGCCUCCACCCCGCCGCCCCCCUUCUCCUGCCCUAUAUUGCCGGAAACGACGUCGAAGUCUGCGGCUUUACCAUUCCCAAGGGCAGCCAGGUCCUGGUGAACGCGUGGGCCAUUGCCAGAGACCCCUCCUGCUGGAAGGAUCCGACGUCGUUUUGCCCCGAGAGAUUCUUGGACUCCAGCCUGGAUUACAAGGGUCACGAUUUCGAGUACAUACCCUUCGGGGCAGGGCGGAGGAUCUGCCCUGGACUCCCUCUGGGUGUAAGAAUGGUGAACUUGGAGUUGGCUUCGCUCAUCCACUCCUUCCAUUGGGAACUUCCCAAGGGAACCACGCCGGAGAGCUUGGACAUGCAGGAGCAGUUUGGCAUCACCUUGAAGAAAGCUGUUCCUCUCUCUGCUAUUCCCUCUGUCAGAGUUGGAUCCCACUGUUAAUUAGUUGCUUCAUCUAACCCCUGCAUAUGUUACACGUCAUCUUUGUUUUUGGAAUUACAAUGAUCAUAUUAAUUUAUGGCACUAGAUGUUGGAUAUGCAUUUCAUUUUUCUUUUCUUCUGUUGUUUUUGAAAGCAGCUGAUCUUUUGGGGGUUGCAGAUGGUCGUAUACCAAAUAAAAAAGUACGUAUGCUUGUUUUUACCCAAUAAAAAAAAUUUAUGC